AUGUCCCAGCCACAGGCCGUGUAUCGCUUCCUUCAAAUUGCAGAGCUGAAGGACAUGGUUUGCAACGCCUUGGCCGAAGAAAAAAAGAUGGGCACUCUCGCAGCGCUUGCUGCGACUAACCAACUGCUCUUUGGGAGCGCGAUUCGUAGCCUGUGGAAGGAGAUUCCAAGCCUGUGGGUCAUCGUUGGGAUGUUUCCUAAAGGCUGCUUCGCCGUGGCAGGGAACUUGAAAGAGCUGACUAUUGGAUCUUCAAGCGGAAUCCCAGCAGGACUCCAACGGCUUCAGCGAUACGCUCCGUUCGUAAAGGAAAUCAAGUACCCGAACAAGCACUCGGACAGGAGGGUUCGGUUCCUGCCGUGGAACUUCGUGGCAUUGCACCAACUGGCCCAAGCAGCGCCGAUGCCUUUGUUUCCCAAUGUGGAGAGUGUUUCGCUUCCAUUGAUACACAAAGAGCAUCUCAACUCCAUUUUCUAUCCGGCUCUCGUUUUGUCGACUUCGUCAGUUCGCUCGGUGACGAUAGUGUCUGAUGAAGUACACGACCUCGGUCUCAUUGAUUUCGAGAGAGACGCCUCUCGAGAAGACUCGCCGCACAGCUUGGCACUGGUCUCCCGACUGGUCGAUGUCGCUCACAGUAUUACGGAAUUGAAGGUGCAGUCGCUCAUCACUGGAGAGGUGGAUGAAUUACAUCGCCCAACGCCGGCCCUGAAUAGGCUUUUCCCUCUACUUCCAUCGACAUCUUCCAUCCGUGUUCUGGACAUUACCCAUCUCAAAGUCACCGGCGCAUCUUUGCAGGAGCUUACUCGACUGAAUCGGUUGGAGGAGCUCAAAGUCUCACUCCCAGUGUCCUCUAGCUUGCACGAGGCCCUUCUCAACGACGACCAGUUCGUACUCACUUUUUCGGCUCUCACUUCGUUGUCGAUAUUCUGCAACCAUCCGACGACCGAACAAGCCACCGAGCUCUGUAUCCUCUUCUUCACCGCGCUUCGCGCACCUAAACUUGACAGGAUCCGCCUCUCCCUGCUUGCAGAGUUGAAUGAGGUCAACUUGGACGGAGUGUUUGGUGCGAUCGCGACACAUACACAGCCGGUCGCGCUGUCUUCAAUUACCGUUGGAUCCACUUCCGUCCAGAUGCUCGCAGAAGCAUUUGGCGGAAAUAUUUCCGGUUUCUCGACGAGCCUACAGCCGUUGGCGGCCUUUACAAACCUUAAAUCGUUGGAGAUAUUCCCAUACACCAGCUCACCGACUCUUCGGAACGCGGAGCUCAUCAACGCUAUGAGCAACUGGGCCAACCUCGAGCGACUCUUUCUCAAAACCCAUUCGCUGGACCAUCCCAUCACGAACUCGCAGUUGACCCUGAGCGGGAUUUACGCUGCCGUACAACACUGCCCCAAGCUGUCACACCUCAUCCUCUCGUGCCAAGCGACCGAUGUUCCUGCUGUUGCCUUCCCUGCUCAUCACUCACUCAGGUACUGGGACUUCGGCACCUCCACUAUCACCUCGGGGAACGCGGUUGGGCGCUGGAUGCGCGAUGCCUUCCCCUGCCUCCGACAGGUGAAGUACUUCGAAGCCAUGUGUGGCGCACUGGACUCGAACGAUGCGAUGGAUAAUGGAUGGGUCCAGGAAUUCCCGGACUGCCUUGCAUUGAUAUCCCAUUGGACAGACGUUUCCCGAAUCGUGGCGAAGGAGCCUAGGGACUAG